UAGGUGUCUACACUAUUUAAACUACAGUGAAUACCACCUCAGCCUGUUGUGUGUUACUGGAAUGUGUUUUUGAUCAUCUGAAUCUCAACGAUGCUGUCAGGCUGCUUGCAAAAUUUCCUCAAAGUGACAAACCCUCACCCCCAGUAUUCAAGAUUAUGGCAGCUACGAAUGCAUAAAAGGUUUCUGGGAAACAUCUCAACAUCUAGGUCGCGUAGACGGGUUGUCAUCACAGGCAUUGGCUUAGUGACUCCUCUAGGUGUUGGAACUCAACUGGUAUGGGAUCGACUUCUCCAAGGAGCGAGUGGGAUUGUUUCACUGGUUGGUGAAGAAUACAAGAAUAUCCCUUGCAGUGUUGUUGCUUAUGUGCCAAGAGGUAGCGAUGAAGGCCAGUUUAAUGAGCAGAACUUUGUGUCCAAAUCAGAUAUCAAGUCCAUGUCUUCUCCCACCAUUAUGGCCAUCGGGGCUGCAGAGUUGGCCAUGAAGGACUCCAAUUGGCACCCAGAGUCGGAAGCAGAUCAAGUCUCCACUGGUGUUGCCAUUGGCAUGGGAAUGGUUCCUCUUGAAGUUGUUUCUGAAACGGCUUUGAUGUUUCAAACAAAAGGCUACAAUAAAGUCAGCCCCUUCUUCGUCCCUAAAAUUCUCAUCAAUAUGGCAGCAGGUCAAAUCAGCAUUCGACAUAAACUCAAGGGCCCAAAUCAUGCAGUAUCCACAGCUUGCACCACCGGAGCUCAUGCUGUGGGGGACUCCUUUAGAUUUAUAGCUCAGGGGGAUGCUGAUGUGAUGGUGGCUGGAGGUACAGACUCUUGCAUUAGUCCUUUAUCGCUUGCUGGCUUUGCUAGAGCCCGAGCACUAAGCACCAACUCGGAUCCCAAGUUGGCCUGUCGACCUUUUCAUCCCAAGAGAGAUGGCUUUGUAAUGGGAGAAGGCGCCGCUGUGCUGGUGCUGGAAGAGCAUGAACAUGCUGUUCAAAGAGGGGCCCGGAUCUAUGCAGAAGUUUUGGGUUAUGGUCUUUCAGGCGACGCUGGUCACAUAACUGCCCCUGAUCCUGAAGGAGAAGGCGCCUUAAGGUGUAUGGCUGCUGCUGUAAAAGAUGCAGGGGUACAACCUGAAGAGAUAACCUAUGUCAACGCACACGCUACAUCUACCCCAUUGGGUGAUGCUGCUGAAAACAAAGCAAUCAAGCAUCUUUUCAAAGACCAUGCACGAGCACUUGCAGUGUCCUCGACCAAAGGAGCCACGGGACAUCUGCUGGGAGCUGCAGGGGCAGCAGAGGCAGCUUUCACUGCGCUGGCUUGUUACUAUCGAAAACUCCCACCGACUCUGAACCUGGAUUGUACAGAACCAGAAUUUGAUCUCAAUUAUGUGCCACUAAAGACUCAGGACUGGGAAAGUGAGAAAAGACGAAUUGCGCUCACCAAUUCCUUUGGUUUUGGUGGGACUAAUGCAACACUUUGUAUUGCUGGUAUAUAAGACAAAGCAAUUGUGAUCAAACAUUGAUUAAAAAAUAUUUUAAGAAAACUAUA